UCUACUGGAAUGUUAGGGAGCUGACAGCUAGCUAGCAUCGGUCUGCAGGUGACAUGGCACAAUGGCAGAUGUUGCGUGUCGGAGGUUCCCUAACAGCUGAAGAUAGAAGAAGGGGUCAGUCUCAGUAUCCUCAUGCUUAUGGCACACAGGUCUCAAUGGAAUACCCACCAAAUCCUCUUUUGAGGGACCACGCUUUCUCAGUAAUGCCAGUAGAUGGGAAGGUGACCUUGCAGGACCUGAAUGAACGUCUGGCAUCCUAUAUGGAUAAGGUCAAAACUCUGGAAGCAGCCAAUCAUCAGCUGACCCUGCAGAUCAGAGAUCAUCUGGAGAACAGCUACCCUGCAGACUUCCGAGACCUGGACACCCACCUGAAGACAGUGGAAGACCUGAAGAAACAGAUCAGUGAGCAGCACAUCUUUCACAGCCAGCUCAAACUGCAGACAGUCAAUACGGAACGAGAGGCCCAUAACUACAACACCAAAUAUGAGGAGGAGCACAGGCGCUGGGUGGUUGUGUCUUCGGAGUUGGACUUCCUGCAGAGGCUCCAGGGGGAGCUUCUGUUCUUGAACAGACACCUGCAUCUCCAGCUUGACCAACGUGCCGAAGAUCUGGAUCUCCUCAAGACCGACCACGAAGAGGUGGUGCAGGAGGUUCUGUCGUGGGUGUCUGAACCCGUUGCUGUUGAGAUGGACUGUGCUCCUUCAGCAGACCUCACACAGCAACUGGAUAAUCUCCACACCACGUGUCUGGCGCUGGUCCACAAGAACCAGGCGGAGGCUGAAACCUGGUUCCACAGACAGGCAGAACUGUUGAGACACCAAGCGAGUGUCUGUCCAGCGGGCUCCGAGGAGGGUCUGGUAGAGCGGAGGGAGCUGAAGAGAGCCAGGCAGGCCCUGGAGGUCACCCUCCACAAGCAGCAGGCCCAGAACCAGUCUUUGGAGGCAAAUGUGGCCGAAGUGGACGAGCGGUUCGGCCUGUUGCUCGGGCGCUUGCAGCAGUUCUUAGGCUCCUUAGAGGGGGAGCUGCAGCACAUGCGUCUGUCUCAAGUACAUCAGGCUGCAGACUACCAGAUGCUGCUGGAGAUCAAGACCCGGCUGGAGAUGGAGAUCGCAGAGUACAGGAGGCUCCUGGACGGGGAGGAAGACAGAACCUUGACCUUCACCUGCAAGGCUGACGCCCCUAGUCUCUGUCUAACGAGUAGCCAAGGUGCCCUCAUAAACAACGUUCUGGCUGACCCGAGCGGCCUUGUUUAUGCAGAGGCCAGGGGCAGGGCGACCUCCAGCAGGUUCGGAGGUCAAAGACAGAUGGAGGCCAGCAGGGAGCGCGUCAGCAGUCAUGUGAUGGAGACGCAGAUGGUGGAGCCGUCUCGUUCCAGGCCAGGCGUGCCCGUCGCAGACAGGACGAAGGUGCUUCACACCACAACCACUGAUGGCUGCCUUGAAGCUCCCUCGAACAGUUUGAAGAGAGAUAAUCAGAGCAGCCGCAUGAACGAUAAACAAAUCAAUUUGGAUCGAGGUUCAAUGCAGGCUAGCACUGUCAAGACCAGAGAAGCAUGCAGCACUGAGAGUGUUGUCAAUAUAAACACACUAUCACCUAAGACCGAAGCUGGUAGUGUGACUCAUAUCAGCAACACAGUGCAAGGCUUGCAGGACGAUCCCACUCACCUGCAUAGUGAUGCUCAUCUGCAUAGUGAUGCUCACCUGCAUAGUGAUGCUCACCUGCAGGUUGGGGAAGCAGUAAUUGAGGUCAUCAGUUCAUGGAGUGUGAGUCCAGGGAGCUAUGUGGGGACUGUGAAGGUGGAGAGGAAGGGGGGGAGUGUUGAGCCUACAGAUGCCAGUGCUGAGACUGGGGUUCUAGGCAGUGCUGACGUGGCCAGUGAUGUACAGGACAAGACUUAA